UUGACAGGAACAAUAAAGCGUAAACAAACGAUGCCGGCAAUUUUUGCGUGCUUGUCGAAAAAGUAUGUGCUAGGCGCGGCUACUGCAGGCCUUAACAAGUUUCCACUGCUGCAGUCGUUUACCAACAGCUCCAAAAUUAAUUACUCCAAGUUCCAUGGCUCGAUGUCGCUCUCGGCGAUGUCGAAGCCCAUCCUGUACUCGUACUGGCGCAGUUCCUGCUCCUGGCGCGUCCGCAUUGCGCUGAACCUGAAGGAAAUCCCGUACGAUAUCAAACCGAUCAGCUUGAUCAAGUCGGGCGGCGAGCAGCACUGCAACGAGUACCGAGAGGUGAACCCAAUGGAGCAAGUUCCCGCACUGCAAAUCGAUGGCCAUACGCUCAUUGAAUCGGUUUCGAUUAUGUACUAUUUGGAAGAAACGCGCCCUCAGCGUCCACUGAUGCCCCAGGAUGUUCUGAAGCGUGCCAAAGUGCGGGAAAUCUGUGAGGUGAUUGCAUCCGGUGUUCAGCCACUGCAGAAUCUGAUAGUGCUGAUCCACGUCGGUGAGGAGAAGAAGAAGGAAUGGGCCCAGCAUUGGAUAACGCGCGGAUUCCGUGCGAUCGAGAAGCUGCUCUCCACGUCGGCGGGCAAAUUCUGUGUGGGCGAUGAGAUCACCCUAGCCGACUGUUGCCUCGUGCCGCAGGUGUUCAAUGCGCGCCGUUUCCACGUGGAUCUGCGCCCGUAUCCGAUCAUUCUGCGUAUCGAUCGCGAGCUCGAGGGUCAUCCCGCAUUCCGAGCGGCUCACCCAUCCAACCAGCCCGACUGUCCACCGGAAGCUGCCAAGUAAGCGGCGUCGAUCGUUUUCAGUGUAACUCACGCCUCUGUGGGGUUUUGGCGCAAGAUUGACUCAUUGCAUUCCCCCGGGUUUCCUCGAUACCUUUUCCCUUGUGUGUAUACGACGAUCAUGCGAAACUGCAGAAAACGUGUAACGUGUUAACAGAGAAGCACAAACUAAUCGCAUCCCACCUUCUCUCACUCAAUACCUCUGAUAUCCUAGCCAAACUGGUGUAGGAUACUGUGUUUGCCAGAUCAAUGUAACAUGAAUUUAAUCAGUCCCCAAUGGCCAUAAAUCGUAACAAUCUAUCUAGUCGAGAAAUUAGAAGCGUAUCGUCGAGAAUACGACCAUUUGCCACUACGAAAACAAAGAGAUGAAUCACAUUUUAUUUACACGAUAGAAGGAUGUAACAAGUAACUUCACUCAAGCCAGUUGAGGUAUCAUAUUCGAACAAAAGGUCGUAAGCGAAUGCGCAAUUUAGCUGGCUGAACACAAUUAAUGGAGAGCGUGUGGUGAAUUUAUUAUACAGAAUCAGUUACCACAGCAGAUAAAAGUGAGAAAAUGCGUCUGCCUGGCUAAAUAACACAGCUACUAAACAUGCCAGUCUUGUAUUUGAGUGUUCGCUUCUAAAGUGACAGAAGAAUCAUUGUCGUAAAGUUUGCUUGCUUGGCAUUACAAAUCUUUUUAAAGUUUUCUUUUCUUUAAGCAAUCAUAUUUGCCACAUACCAUUUAAAACGCAUAUUGCCAAACAAAACAAUCACAUUUGUUUGAAUUUGGUAGAGAAGGAAAAUCUCACUAAAACUGCAGACCGAUGAGAAGCAUCUAUAAAAUAUUUUCUUCUCUUCUUACAUUUAUAUUCCGGUUAAUUCAAAAAGUGUUUUAAAUAUCCUUUCCUUCGACUUAAAAUCAACAUUACCUUUGUAAAAGUCAUUUGGUUUGCGUGAAUAUGUGUGUGCCAAUUUGGUUAGAAUUUUGUGGUAAUUUGACUUCAAAAAUGAAAAUUUAAUCCAUGCUUCCGGUUAUGUGUUGCUUUAUACGGCUUUUUCAAAUGUUUGUGUGAGUGUUUGUGUUGUAAAACAAAACUGCUUCCCAGCAGGAAAGAGAGUGAAUGAAUAUUGUGUGUGGUUUUCUUCUUUCAAAUACGGAAACAAUAAAUAUGUUGUAAAACAUGCAUUAAAAUGCUGAUGCAAGCAGCAA